UUCAAUGAUAUUAAAAAAUAUGUCUACGAAGAAUAUUUUGCUCGACAAAUCUAUUGGAUUAAAAAAAAUAGUACAAUCGAAAAUUUUUUACAUCUAACAAAUUCUGAUUUGCCUGAAAUAUUUCAAGCGGUAAAAGUAUCAAAUCAUUUGUUGGUAUUCAAUCUGGAAAUGGCUGAAACAUUUAUUUUCCCAGGUGUUAAAGAACAUUUGGAUCGAUCAUACGGAUAUCCACCUGCAGUUGUUGUCGGAAAGUUUCAACAACGCUUAAAAGCUAUUAAAGCAAUAGAUCAAUAUAGUGUGUUGAUUCAAGCUAUACGACUUAGUGAUACCAUCAAAUCACCAAAUGACAUGAUUGAUUUGAUAAGACGUUCCGUACGUGUAUCAAAUCAACAAGGUUAUACCAAUAUAAGAUAG